AUGGCGAGGAAGGUGAACCUGCGGGAAGCCAAGGGCGACAAGGGCCGGAACGCGCUGCACGCCGCUGCGGCCGGGGACCACCUCGAUGUCUGCAGGUUCCUGGUGGAGGAACUGGGCCUCAACGUCAACUACACCACCGAGGAAGGAAUGUCGCCGGUGCACUUCGCCGCCACCGCUGGGAGCAUGUGCGUCUUGAAGUACCUUCUGGAGUGCGGUGUUGACCCUGCAAUGCCUGACUCCUCCAGAGGCUGCACGCCGCUGCAUUGUGCGGCAGAGGAAGGCCGCUGUGAGGCUGUGAGGCUUCUGCUGUCCAAAGGCAUUGAUGUGGAUCCAGUCAAUUACCGUGGGACACCCCUGCACUUGGCUGUCUCUAAAGACCAGGAUCAGGUUGUCAAGAUCCUGCUGGAGCAUGGUGCUGAUCCCAACAAAGUUGUCAAUCAUGUCUUCUCACCACUCAUGGUGGCAUGUUGUGCGCAUUCCUUGAAGUGCAUGAAGCUACUGGUUGAGGGCGGUGCUGAUGUCAACUUGAUAACUCCCUAUGGACAAACUAUCUUAACAGAGGCAGUUGACGAUGGCUUAACUGAGAUUGUCAAGUUCUUGCUAGAGGCUGGAGCUGAUCCUAACAUUGCCGAUGAGGAUGGGAAAAUACCAAUCAUGUGCGCAGCAGGUCAUGCGCAACGUGAGCUAAUUGAAAUGCUGUUUCCUAAGACAAGACCAAUUCCAUCUGUGCCAGAUUGGAGUAUUGAUGGGAUAAUAAGAAGUAUAGACUCUCUGUGUUUCAAGACUAGGGAUGAAGCCCUGCUGGAAGAACAGAUAGCUGAUGUCAAGUUACAAGGAAAGGAGGCUUUUGCAAAAGGAGAGUACCUUACAGCAAUUUACUUCUAUUGCCAGGCAAUGAACAGAGAUCCAUUUGAUGCCACAUUGUUUGCCAACCGGAGCAUAUGCUGGUUGCGGCAGAGAGAAGGGGACCGAGCUCUGUUAGAUGCUCAACAGUGCACAAUGAUGCGUCCUGAUUGGUCGAAGGGAUGGUACCGUGAGGGUGCAGCUCUCGCCUUUCUGAAGGACUACAAAAGAGCGGUGGUUGCAUUCGAGCGAGCACUGAAACUUGACCCUGCGAGUGACGAGAUCAAGAAAGCGUUAAGGGAGGCCACUGAUGCUAUGAAGAGCGCAGCUGCUCGCACGGAACAACAGAAUCCUUGA